AUGAACUCGUUUCACAUUGGUAGUAGUAGUAAUACCAAUAUAUUCAGUAGCAACAGCAGUAACAGCAGUAACAAUAAUACUAUUGCCAUGAACAAUGAUGAUCAUGACGACGACAGAAACCAUGAAUAUACUCUCAAAGAUAUCAAAUAUAUCAAAUCCAAAUUACUCGAAUUACAAUCUCAAAUUCAACAAUUGAAAAUGAAAAAGAACAACUCUUUUAGAAAUGAAAUCAAGAGAAUUGAAACAAGUCAUCAUGAUGAAAGAAGAGAGAAUGAAGAGUGUCAUGAUGAUGAACCUCCUUCUCAUCCUUCUACUAUUGUUACUACUACUACUAUUGGUCAUUGUAAUGAUCAUGACGACCAACAACACCAUAGUGUUGAAUCACUGGUGAAGAAUUCUUCUUCCAAUGAGUAUCAUGUUGAAGACUUGAAUGAACAUCCAUCAAUAAUAACACCACCACCACCACCCAUAUCAACCACUACCACCCUUCUCCCUCCUAAUGAUUCAUCGAUCAUGAACACGACUAUAGAAAUGACGACACUAUCAUCCUCUCAACAACCAAAUUGGAUCAUUUUACCUCAACAACCACCACCCAAUGAUUCGAAUAUAAUUUCUAAUAGCACUAGUAGUAAUAAUAACAGUAAUAGUAGUAAUAGCAAUAACAGUAGUAAUAACAGUAAUAUCAGUAACACACUCUUCUUUACUCAUUCAGAAUUAUCAAGAGAACGAGAAUUAGAACGAAAAUAUUCAAAACAAAUUGAAUACUUGUUGAGACAAAUUGAAGUUUGUGAUUUAAAGACUCUUCAAUACCGAAUUCAAUAUCAACAAGCAAUUAUGGAUUUAGAAAAAGCUCAAGAAUAUGAAGAACGAUUGAAAUCUAAACUCUCUCAUCUCAAUUUACAAUUAGAAAAUGCUCAAGAAGAUUAUGCAAGUGCUAAAUUGAAUUAUGAACAUCAAAUUCAAUUAUUGAGUGAUAAAUUAGUUGAAAUUUCAAUCAAACAUAAUAUUGAUUCAUCGAGAGGAAGUGGAGGAGAUGAUUAUAAUACAACUACAACAACUACGACGAGUGGUGCUACGAGUGGUCUUGGAUUUGGAGCCUUUUCAUCCUUUUUUGGAGGUGGAACGAGUAGCAGUAGCAACAACAACAACACGAGUGUUGGACAACAUGGUAUGACCUAUUCUCAACAACAACAACAACUCUCUCAUCAGGACUCACCAACCAUGAAGAGAAACAAGUCGACAAAUAAAUAA